UUGAAAGACGUUUUGGAAGGAGGACUAAGAGAGACCGUUGAGGGUCGAGGCAGAGGAGACGAGUGGUGCAGGAGUCUGAGUUACGUGGAGAGUCGAGAAAAUGUGUGACGGAUCUUCGCAGAAGAAGUCCGACGAAGGGACUUCGAGGCCACCGGUAGAAGGACGGAAGUGCUACAAGUGCGGUGAGAUGGGGCAUUUUGCGAGGGAUUGUGGCGAGUUUUGCCAAUCGAAGGCGCUCGGGCGAACCUUCGUGCCAUCGACAUAUGGGCCAAGUGGAGUGAGGAUGGGGAGAUCGAACGAACCAAAGAGUAGUGCGAGGAGGAGUCGAUCAGCGGAUAGUGGGAGUGAGCGCGUCGAGAUAGAUGACACAACGAAGCGAGGACCGGAGACACCGGUCGGGAAUAGUCCACCUUUGAUGACGCCAGAGAAGAGGACAAAUAUUAAACUAUCGGAGGAGGCAAGAAAGAAGAUCGAAGAACUACGAAGUACUACGGACGAGGAACCACAGUCGUCAGAAGUGCAGAGGAAGAUUGACUUGACUUUGAAGCAUAUCUCGGCCUCGUGCGAACCAGGCAGAAAAGAGAAAUACGAGGCGGAAGUUCGUGAUUUUUUCGAUGAACUUACGAUCGAGGAAUUGAAGGAGGUAUGCCGAAGGGAGAAGGUAUGUUACAGAAAUCGCGAAAUGGCGAUUAAACGAUUGGUGAUUCGACGUGUGGCGAUUGUGUAUGAUGUGGCUUACAUUCCUUUACCGACAACACCAAGGAUCAUGACACGAAGUGUGAAGACUAAAGGGACGGAAGGGAAAUUUGCGGAAGCAAAACCGGAGGAGGAGGAAAGUGAAUCAGAAGAGGAGAGUGAAUCGGGAGAAGAGGAAUGUAGACGACGGAGAAGGGAGAAAUUGUGGGAGUUAGCCAAGGAUAUCAGACGGGGGGAUGGUGAAAAGAACAAAGAUGAUGAUAGGCUUUUCCGAUUAGUCACGAUCAAGUUAAUACUGGAAGGAGAAGUGAGAUGGGGGCAGAAGUUCAUAAGGUACUUGGAAACGGAACUAGAGAAAGGGUUCCUAGAUUUGAGCAAACCGGAAGGUUGUGUGUAUAUCUUGAUAUCACCAUGGCAUAGACCAGUGUAUAUUGGGAUGACUGAGAGGCAAUUGUGGGCGAGAUGGCGUGAACAUUCUUGCCUUGGAAAGGGGAGCGGUGGUAAAAGGAGGCGAGCACUGUACAACUGGUUUGGGAAAGUGGGAGCUCAGAAAUACGUCGCAAUACCGUUUUUUUUCAGUAAGAAGAGGAGGGAACUCGAGGCCGUGGAAAAGACUUUGAUCAUAAUUUUGUCACCUCGCUUGAACUCUCGAGGUUCCGGGGUAAAGAGAUCGGGAAGAAAGGGGAGGAGGAGACCGGGGAGAAAGGAGAGACAGAAGAAGAAAAUUACUACGAAGGGAGGGCGACCGUCAAAUAGGAAGGGACGUGGAGUCGGGAAGAUAGUUGAAUUGAGGAAGAAAGGAGAUCGCGAUGGCACGGUAGGCAUUGUGAAUUUACUUCGGGAGUUACGGGAAGACGGAGUGAAAGAGAAUACGCAUCUAGAAUCUGGAGGAGGUAGUGUGUGGGCGGAUGGGUGGAGGUUGGUACGAAGGUUGUUUGGUGAGACGAGGGUCAGAUGUGGGAAGGGGACGAGGCCUCUACGAAAGUGUACGAGACUCUUUGAAGAAGGGAGGACGAUCGUGUUGAGAAGAAUUGAUGAGGCCUCUCCAGCGGUCUUGCGUCGGCGGGAUCAGAUGGUUAGGAUGUUCAAGAAUCCGAAGCUGAGGGCGAAGUUGAAGGGUAUGCCCCUUGGGGAGAUGCUGAAGUAUUAUAGUGCCAUCAAGUCGUUUGCGACGAAGCGAAGUAGAACAAAGGCUCGAUGUAUGAUAUCCCAGAUGAUUAGGAGUGCACAGUGAGGCGGAGGGUGAUUGUGAAGAUGAAAUUCGAUGAUCGAAUAAGGAAGAGUGAAGUAACCAGGAUAGUGAGGAAGAAGAUUGGGAGACUCAAGAUAGAGUGCGCCCUGAAGGAAAUGAUAAAGCGGAGGACACGUG